UAGUCAAUUUUUCUGGAACAUCUUUGUCGCCAUGCUGCUUCGACUAUUUUCCUUCGCCACUUCCAUUUUUUUGGCACUGGGCUUUGUGCAAGAAAUAACAUUCUACACGGAACCCAACGCUGGAGGAGAUGGGUUCCUAUUCCGGAGUAAACAGCCCGAUCUUUCGCCACAUUAUUCGUCACAACUAAGGAUGGUCCGAUCAUACUGCUACACUGGAUGGUGGAUAGGAUUCAAUGAGACAAAUUACUCUAACCAGAAUACACUCAAUCAGGAUUCUGCUAAUGGGACAGUGGUUUGCAGGAAUGCAACAUUUCCUCUAACAAUGUCUUUGAGGUAUCAAGGACCCUUGGACACAACCACACCUUCUGUUUCAAUUUACAGUGGAACUAUUUCCAACUAUGCGGGUGGAAUCGAACGCACAUUUACUGCCUUAGCUGCCACCAACUUUGGAUUUGUUCCUAAGUACAUGGUUCUAACUGGAAGGUCGAGUUGGACUGGUUUUUUUAAUGACGAUUUUACUGGAAACUCAACCUGCUUCUCUACCUCAGAACUAGUAGCACAAGUGUAUUUAACAGAAAUCACCGUUAGGUCGUUAGUUAAAGGAUGUGACGCCAAAUACGAGAGCGAGUAUUAUGACGUCGAUAAAAUUUUGUGA